CAAAAACAAUUCCCGACAAGUUACCGUCAAUAACCAUUUAAUAAAAAUACUUUGGAUAAGAAAAAGUAAAUAAAAAUAAAAAAUUUACAAAAUGGACGAAAUUCUAGAUAAUUUUGAAUUUGGAAUCGACGAAAAUAGAGAUUCAGAAGAAAUUUCUGAAACUUAUAACCUAUGUGUUGCUAAACUCGAAGCAUUAUUAGCUACAAACAAAAUUGAAACGAACGAAAAUAUUGACGAGCCAACAACUUCGGAAACAUAUAAUGAAGUUUCUAGCAUAAAAAAUGAUCAAGAAAAUCUGUGUCUUGCAAUUAAAUAUGCGUUUGCACUUCGAGAAUUAUUCAGAAGUAACGAUCCACAGUUUGAAGAAUAUAAAAAAAUAUUUCGACAUUUAUUUUAUGAACUAAAAAAAAAUGUGAAUGAAACUCGUUAUUUAGAAGAAGCAUUGGAAACGUUCAAAUAUAAAAUCACUGAACUUAAAAUGACUGUGAAAAAUAAACAAAGUGAAUUAGAUGAAGUAAAGCAAUUAAGAAGAAAAGAAGCAAAUAAGCAAACAGAAAAGUAUAAGAAAAAACUGAAAAGUAUUAACAACUGGCAGGGUUUAAUCAGAGAAAUGAUUAUUGCUAGCAAUACGCCACUAGGUGAUGAUCCUGACUUAGUAGAAUUAUUAGCGAAAUAUCGUAAAACUUAUAACCCUGUUUUGGAAUGAUUUUUUUGUAUUCACUAAAUAGAAAAAUCUCUUAGUUUUGUAAUUUAAAGGCAAUGUUAACUCCAAGCUUCGACCUCAGCAAAACAUUCUAACAAACUAUCGAAAACAUUAUCAUGGG